UUUUGAGAUAACCAAUAAACCCAUUUAAACCAUAAAUUUCCACAAAUAACAUGAGACAAAAUAGCAAUACUCCCAAUCUUCCAUUAAUAAAACUCCGCCGUAAGAGUGGUAGACAUGGCUGAAAGACUAUCCACCACCGUAAUUCAGUCGGAAUCUCCAUCACCCAACAAUCCUUUUGCUUUUCUGUCUCUUAUUCCUAAGUUUUUUUCACAAGCCUUUGGUAACAAUAACACUAGUAAUGAUAAUGAGAAAUCUGAGAAAAGGGGUGAUGGUAUAGAAGCUUCUGGAACCAAAACUAAGACCCAAGAUGUUGUGAGGUUUCGCAAAAGUCAGUCUGAAGUUCCUCCAUUAAAGGUUGAGAAUGAAGAUGCUGAAAAGGAUACUAAUCCUAUCAUUCUGUGGCAGAUCUAUGCUCUUGGUGGGUUCAUUGUCUUGAAAUGGGCGUGGGGAAAGUGGCAAGAAAGGAAGGCAAACGAGAAAAAGCACUCGUCUGUUGAAGAGCAACCUCCUGCUCCACCCUCGGAUGAGGCUGCAGAUUCACCUCCAGCUCCACCCUCGGAUGAGGCUCUGGAUUCACCUACACCUCCACCUCCACCUACAGAACCAAUUGCGGCUGAAGACUAGUUUUGCCUUUGUAACUGUGUGUUCACUGAUCAAAUUUUCAAGUAGUCCUUUAAAUUUAAUAGUGGUGUGAACUGUGAAGACUUCUAGAUUAGGUAUCGAAAAAAGAUGACAAUGUACAGGGUUGGCUUGUUUAAAUGGAAGAGUGAAGAGUCUGAAGACUGUUCUGGCCCAGUCUAGAGUUCUUACAAAAAACUCAAAAGUUUUGGAGUAAAAAUUAUCUAAUUUUUGAAAA